CACGCCGGCGUGCUCGAGUUGCCAUGGUAACCUGCUCUUUUUCAGACCGUGAGAAGCGCAAGAUGACGUCAGGUUGUCGGUGGUGACGGAGACGCGGGCGGAUAGCGCGUGCUCCGGAUCCUCGUUCACUCGCGUUGACUGCGGCGGCGGUGGAGCCUCCAUCACCAUGACUGGCGUGCUGUGGAUUACUUUCACUGCGUGUUGAAGCGGGAACGACAGGCGCCAUGGCUGAGAGGUUGGAAUGGGUGGAAAUCAUCGAGCCGCGCACCCGGGAGCGCAUGUACGCCAACCUGCUGACGGGCGAGUGUGUUUGGGACGCCCCGGCGGGCGUACAGAUCAAGCGCAGCGGACAGGAUCAGUGGUGGGAGCUUUUCGACUCCAAAACGUCCCGAUUCUACUACUACAACGCUUCUACCCAGAGCACCGUCUGGCACCGCCCACACAGCUGUGACAUCAUCCCCCUCGCCAAACUACAGACACUCAAGCAGAACACCAACACGGCUCCGCCCACCGCCACCACGACCAGUGCCUCCGCCGACAGCAGCCCCGCCCGCAGCGCCGUCAGCACCACAUCAUCACAGGAGCAGGAGGAGAAGACGUCCACCGCCGAGGAGGGAGACAGGUUCAGAUGGGGCACUGGCACCAGAGAGCGGAUGCUCAUCAAAGUGUCAGAUCGAGAAGCCAGUUUUCUGACGCAGGGAAACGGAUACUCCAGUUCUUCCCCACGCUCCAGAUGCUCGUCCAGCAACGCUCCUUCCGACCUUGAAGCCACGCCCCUUUCUCUGCCCGACCGCCCGCCGUCGCAGUCUCCGUUUCUAAAGAGAGUGGACUUGGGCGGCACUCAGCGGCGCUGCUCGGGCGAUUCCCAGCCAUCGUCCCCCCGCUAUGCUUACGAGCCUCCUUUGUACGAGGAACCGCCCUCGGAAUACCAGUCCCAACCUAUUUAUGAUGAACCGCCCACUGCCAUGCACUGCGACCAGGCCUUUUUUUGCUCCGACAGGUCUCCGGCGCGAAAACCAGGUCUUUACCACUCUCCCAAGCAAAGCCCGUCUCCUUACGGUCAACUGGUGUUGACAAGACAGCGGAGCUCCACCCCCGAGAAGACGCCCAACCAGGGCGAUCGAGACUAUAACUCGAGUGGGCGGGACUACAACUCCAGUGGGCGGGAUUAUAGCUCAGGCAUGAGGGACUACCACUCUGGUGGGCGGGAUUAUAACUCUAGUGGGCGGGAGUAUAGCCCUGCUGGGCGGGAAUAUGUAAAGCAGCUAGUUUAUGUCGAGCAGUCUGGCUCCUCCCCUCGGUUUAGGACAACCGAGCGUCUGCUGAGCUACGGGGGGUUAUAAGUUUAGUUGGCGGUGUCAGCCGGAUUUUCUUAUGGCGGCUCCUUUACCCUACAGCACAGCCACGAUCUCAACGGUGGCAAUCGGAAACGUAAGAACCGGAAGCCGUCUUUGCCGGGAGGAGAGGGCGACGGCAUGGGGUCCGGACUCGGGGCCAUGAUCACUCAAGCCCGGUUGGCAUGGGAGGCUCAGCAGAUGAUACAUCAGCGAGGGGGCGUGUCUUCUGACCAGGGAGCGAAAGACGGGUAUGAAAGCGACGGGGCGAUGCCCCUGCCACUGCCUGGUCCGGUGGUGCGGGCGUUCAGCGAAGACGAGGCUCUUGCGCUACAGGAAAGACACUGGAAGCGCGCCACCCUGGACAGACUGGCAUUUCCUCAGACGCUGCUAGAAAAGAGUCUGUCGGUGCAAACUAACCUGGCAUCACCUGAACCUUACCUCCAUCCCUCGCAGUCGGAGGAUCUCGGAGCGUGUUCUCAGUUCGAGGCCAGUCGAAACGCUCGCAACAUGAUGCCCAGCGCGAGCUGCGGUGUCUUCCCAGAAUUCACGCUCCGCAAACCAUCCUCCGAGACGGACAUCGAGAACUGGGCGUCCAAACACUUCAACAAGCACACGCAGGGUCUGUUCAGGAGGAAAGUGUCCAUCGCCAACAUGCUGGCGUGGAGCAGCGAGCCCAUCAAGAAGCCCAUGAUCAUGACGACGGAGAGGGUGGUGAGGGGAGGGGGUGUGGAUCUUUUAAAUCUUGUAGAGAUAUAUGUGGGGAGGGGGGGGGAAGGGGAGAGUCUGUCCGUGGCUCUGGAGGUGGCAGUGAGGGGCUGGAGCUGCCAGGGCCUGCGGGACGAGCUCUACAUCCAGCUCUGCCGACAGACCACAGAGAACUUCCGCUACGACAGUCUCCAGAGAGGCUGGGAGCUCAUGGCCAUCUGUCUGGCCUUCUUCCCCCCGACGCCUCGCUUCCACAACUAUCUGGAGGGCUACAUCUGCAGACACAUGGACCCUCUCAACGACACCAAGGGAGUGGCGAUUAGCAGCUAUGCAAAAUACUGUUACCGUAAACUACAGAAAGCUGCGCUCACCGGAGCCAAGAAGGGUUUGAACAAGCCCUCGAUCGAGGAGAUCGCUCACGCUCGUAACGCCAUCUUCCGGCCCUCCAUGUUCGGCUCGUCUCUGGAGGAAGUGAUGUCGAUGCAGAAGGACCGUUAUCCUGACCGGCAGCUGCCGUGGGUCCAGACGCGUCUCUCAGAGGAAGUGCUGAGCCUGAACGGAGACCAGACCGAGGGCAUCUUCAGGGUUCCUGGAGACAUUGAUGAAGUAAACGCUCUGAAACUACAGGUGGACCAGUGGAAGGUGCCCACCGGCCUGGAGGACCCACAUAUUCCAGCGUCGCUGCUGAAGCUCUGGUACAGAGAGCUGGAGGAGCCAGUGAUUCCUCAUGAGUUUUAUGAGCAGUGUGUCAUGAACUACGACAGUCCUGCGGCUGCUGUCAACGUCGUCCUCAACCUCCCUCACAUCAACAAACUGGUGCUCUGCUACCUCAUCCGCUUCCUACAGGUAUUUGCUCAAGCCUCCAGCGUGUCCAUGACUAAGAUGGACGUCAGUAAUCUGGCAAUGGUGAUGGCGCCAAACUGCCUGCGCUGCCAGUCGGACGACCCGCGCGUCAUCUUCGAGAACACGAGGAAAGAGAUGAGCUUCAUGCGCGUGCUGAUCCAGCACCUCGACACCAGCUUCAUGGACGGGGUGCUAUAGCACAAACACACACGUUAGCAUUCACACCUAGCGCCCACACAUGACUCACUCAAACCUCACGACAAACCUACUCGACAAGCAACUUCCUGUCGCGCUCGCCUUCCACAGCGUCUAGGUCAAAUUCACCAUCCCCAUGAUUUCUGAAUGUUUCUGAAUAGAUAAACCAUUCGUCCUCACAUGAUAGUGACUGUCCUGCUUUGGUUUCUAGCGUGCAUGUACGUGCCGAAUGUGUUCGUUUCUGUUUUCUAACUCGACUGACUUGUAGACUGGUCCGUCUGAUUUUAUAUGAUUAAUUUAUUUGUUAUUUAUUUGAAUAAGGGUUUGUAAGUAUUGUACUGCCUUUUGAAAUAGAAAACAUCUGUCCUCACUGAUCACAUCCAUCGAUCUGUGUGUGUGUGUGUGUGUGUGUGUGUCUGUGAGCGAGCAAGUGCAUGUGUGUAUGAGUUCAUUUAUCACAGUUGUUUUAUACACUAUUGUGUACGUCUCACUGAAAUGGUACAACACAAGUGCCCCUCAUAGUGAACUACCUGCGGUAAAGGUGAAGGGUGUAAAUUAUGUGUAAAAAUGAACUUUCUGAACUCGCACACACUGAACUUUAAUAGCUUAUUGUUGAGUCAGAUAGUGUUUAACAUCCAGAAUAUUACGUGCUUCGCCUUUAAAUUCUCGCAUAUGCUCACACAAGCAUCCAAACGACCUCAUUUACACACACACACACACACACUGAUUUGGUUUGGUGCUUGUAAUGAUCUAUAUCACACUGCCAAACACACAAUAUUGAUACUCGGUGCCCAUUUCUGCCUCCAGGAGGCAUAUAGAUGAGAAAUAAGCGAGACAGAAGAGAGACAGACCAUAAUGGAAAGAGAGAUAAACAGAAGAGAGAAUCUCAUGAAGAAGUGGCCGGGUUAUAUUUCACCACAAAAUCAAAAAAAAAUAAAAAAAUGAAAAAGAGAAAAUGUGAUUUUGAGAGUUUCAGAACUAUUUCUGUGAAAAAUAAAUAAAGGUCCAUUUAUAUAUAAUACAUAAUAUCAUGAUUUAAGAAUAUAUAUAAAAAAUGACCAUGGCCCAGAUAUUAUUUUGAACAUUUUAAUUGGAUUUUGAGGGUAGAACAUAAUGUUGACAUUAAAUAAAAAUAGCAUUAAAAUGACCCUAAUGGCGCAAAUAUUAUUUUGAAUAUUUUUAAUUGAAAUUUAAGGGUUGAACAUAUCGUCAUGAUAUUAAUAAAAAAAUAAAAUGGGCUCUAAAAUUACCAUAAAUGGCCCAAAUAUUGUCUUGAAUAGUUUAUUUGGAUUCUGAGAGUUGAGCAUAUUUUCAUGAUAUCUAAAAAAGAUAGAAAGAACAAAUAAAUAUGGUCCUAAAAUGUCUAUAAUAGCCCAAAUAUUAUUAUAUAGUUUAAAUAUAGUUAGUUUUGGGGGAUUUUGUGGGUUGAACAUAUCGUGAUUUCAAAAAAGACAGUUAAAAUGACCAUUUUAACAUAAAAGCCACAUAAAAAUAAAAAAAAUUAAUAAAAAUGGCCCUUAAAAUGACCAUUUUAAGAUAUAUAUAAAAAGGCCCUUUAUUUAUUUAUUUUUUAUUUUUAUUUUUUUGGAUUUUGAGGUGAAAUAUGAGCCGGAUGUGCUCUUGCCAGACAAAGAUGUUUGUAUGUUUGGCUUCUCCUCAUCUCUGCACACCCUGAUCUGUCAUGGCCACACGUUCACGUCCUCAUCUGUACAGAACAAUGUGUAAAAAUACAAAUAAAAGCUAAAAUGAAAGAAAAGAAGAUAACAAAAUAGUUACUACAGUAUUUCACAGCAGGAGCGUUUAGGUUUGAAUCUCAAAAACUCAUCCAUUAGCAAAAACUUAGAUUAAAAAAUAAUAUAAACGCAGAUAUGAUAUGAAAUAUGAUUCUAUGUCUGUUAAAAAGGGAAGAAAAUCCAUGAGCAGAGCACUGUGACCUGCGUCCUGAGACCAGCACACACACACACACACACGACAGAGAGGAUUAUGGGAGAUUGUGCUGUAUGCAGAGAUGUUCUCGUCACAGGUUUACGCUCAUGGUCUUAUUACUGUAUUUAUGGAGUCAUGUUAAUAAAUCCCCUCUCCCUCCUUUUGUUCUGAGGUCAAAGGUUACUCUGGACGUUACGGUGGAGCUGAACAUUGUUUAUUAAACAGUUCAAAAGA